GCUACAUGUUUGAGCUGAGGCACUUCGGUUCCGGCGCUUCGAACCCUCCGCUGUGGGCUGCGGAGAGCAGAGUCCGCGGGCGGGGGCAGUGUGCACUGGCGCUGGGUCUCCGAACCGCCCGGGGCCCAGGAGAUCUUCCAUUCCUAACUUCUGCUCAACUCUCUGAUUGAUGAACCUCUUCUAUCCCUGAAUAAUUUGAGCAGAGUGGAAAGCUGUCUGUCAGAGGCCUCUGCUCUAUGCAAGUACUCCAGUUCUGUGGAUAUGCCCCAGAAGGAUCCCUGCCAGAAACAAGCCUGUGAAAUACAGAAAUGCUUGCAAGCCAACAACUACCUGGAGGCUAGAUGUGAGGCUGUGCUCCAAGAGAUGCGAAGAUGCUGCGCCCAAUACCCCAAGGGCAGAUCCAUCUGUUGUUCGGGGUUUGAGAAAGAGGAAAGAGAGAGGGAGAAGCUUAAGGCAGCUUCAAAUGGGAUUCAUGCAGCACCACAGUAACAGGCUGCAGCUCCAGGAGGUUAUGGAGCGUGGCCCUCUUCUCAGACAAAGUAGCAUGCAAGUGGCAAAUAAUAAACCUUCAGAGCUAAACUAUGAGGUUCACGCUGGAGUGGAGGCCACCUCAAGGAAUAAAACUGUUAAAAUAAUGCGUUAUUCAGACUGAUGAUGAAGCCAGAGAAGAAUCCAUCAUAGAAUAAGAUGUCCUGUGCACCACAUGUAAAAUGCAAUACAACAGAUGGGCUGUUCAAAGGAUUCUGUUUUCUAUCCCAAACUAUUGUGACUUAAUUUGUUUCUGAUGCUUAAUGUACUCAGUAAUCCAUUCUCAGAAUAAGAAUUUGAGGGUGAAAUAUAAAACUUAUUCAGCCUUCUGGCAUAGGAUGUACUGGAAAUAAGUUCAAGGAGUCUAUUGAAUCUGAUACAUUAAGCAAGACCAUCUUCAAGUAUCCGAAAUAUUCCUAUCAUUGAGCCAUAGUUUCCCAAAGAUGUGAUCUGCUUUUCUAGUGCUUAAAGCAAGAAUGGGAGUCAGCUCUGGGGUUUAUUCCCAGCUCUGCCACAGUUCCUCUGUGACCAUAAGUCAUUUCACCGAGGUGCCUGUUUCCUCAGUUGUGCAAUGGGGUAUUGGAUUAAUAACUAGUUGGACCACAUUGCACAAUAGUAUUUGUAUGAUCUUAAAGAUGUUGCAGAAGCAUUUUAUUUCAGGGAGUACUAAAGGAAGAGAAUCUUUUAAAGCAGUAUUUAUGGAAAACCAAGGUGUUGGUAUAAAAUGGAUUUUUACGAUGUUGAGAGCAGCAGUCAUCUUGUAUGACUGAACAUCUCUAAGCAAUAUGACAUGCAAUGAAUUUGUGAGAUUACAAUGCCCCUUUACAUAUAGUUCUGUCAUACAAAGCCUAAUCAACUUUGUGCACUUCUGGGUGAUCAUUACACUAUCAAGCACAACUUUAGUUUGGAAAUACAGGUUUUUAUGAACAAUAACAGACCACUGCAGUUCCUGGACAUAAUAGGCAGCUAUAUCAAAGCACAUGUGACAUAUCCAUUUGUCUUGUAUUCUAAAUACCAUGAUACAAAAUAAAUGACUGGAAUAAUGA